AUGGACAUGCCGGAUCCAGUUUCCAAUGAUCAGACAAUUUCAGCUAUCGCACCGAUAUCGAAUCAAUCUUCGUCAACAAAUCAGUUUCUCGACAACUUGCUUCACUAUGAAACACCUUCACGCAGGUCUACUAAACGAGUCUCCGGAAAUUGCAAGAGAGUUUCCUACUCCCCCAAUCCACGGAUCAAAAAACGACCCGUUGGGCGCCCACCAUCCAAUAAAUCACACUACAGUAGAACUUCUAGAAGGACUAUUCCAUCACAGUCAGGUGCCUCUGUUUUCCAACGACUUCUGCCACCAGUUUCGCCACGCGGAAGAAGAAUGAGGAAGAAAAUAUUCUCGCCGGAACCUGAUCUGCCCGCCAAACGUCCUGUCGGCCGUCCCAAAGACCAUCCAUCCUUGGCAACAUCGUUAGACAAAACUUGCAAGACUACACCAAAAAGAUCCGUAGAAUCUGAACCAUCUGUGGGGAAGCAGAAAUCCGAAUCAGAGAAUGAUACCGAGAAUGAUAGAAACCUAAGCAUCCUGAGCACACCACCGCCAGAAAUGAAAGGUUUCAAUUGCGAAAGUGCACAAGGAAAGCCGAGAAGAUGUCGAAAACGAGCGAUGUCUAGGCUCGACACUCAUUCCAUUUCUGAUAGUGACGACGAACGUUCUAAAAAGUUUCCAAGAAAGCCGAGAAAACCGAGAAAAGCUCGAAAAACAGGCUACUCGAUGUUGGACCUGUACGCAGACUCCGACUAUGAAGAGAGAUGCAACAAGAAGUUUAAUUCCAAAAAGCGAGAAUUGGAAGCGGAUGAUGAAAUGGAAGAGUUUGACCAUCCUGCUUUGUUUUUCCGAAGGAGUAUGAAAUCGAGAGAAAAUUAUCCUUCUUCUGAAACUGAUGCUGAGAAGCCAGCUGAAAAUGGCUCACAAAAGUCGUCACUACCGGCUUCUGUCAAUUUUGAUGAGGAGAAGAUGUUCAAAAGUGCCACGCACUUUGAAGGCUGCGUUGAAAAAAUAUUGUUGGAAAAUCCAGGCUUAUGUGUACAUGAAACUCGAGUCAAACCAGCAGUUGUGGAGCAGCAUACCGCUGUGGAUAUUCCUUCUUCCUCAACAUCUAAAAAAGACGUGAAGGGUCUUCAAUCACAAACUUCAACUCUAACUCCAGUUGUUGUGGACCAGAACACAAAAGAUCUUUUGAUUUUCCUCUUCCGAACAGAUCCGUUUAUGGCUGGAAACAGAACUCAUCACUACUCGACAGUCCUUCAUCUGACACCAGAACAGAUUGCUCAAUGGAUUCGUGAGUAUCACGCUCAAAUUCUCGAUAAGUAUAUGGAAGGAUCAAUUCAACUCGAUGAUCUCCCAAAAAAACUUCAAGAGCUUGAAAAUGAAUAUCUUGGUCAACGAGCUCGGCUUCUGCAUCAUCCAGAGACGUCUCAACAGGUUGCAGAUUUGUUGGAAAUCGAUUCAGCAAUUGUUUCCGAAUACAUCAGCAAGCGCCAACAAUGGGACCAAAAUUUGAAAAAGUGA